CCGCUUGACGCCAGAAGCUGAGGGGGUGAGCGAAGAAGGAGCGUGGAGGAGGAGGCGCGUGCCUCGGUUUGCAGGAGGAAGCAGAAGAAGCAGAAUCGCCUCGGAGUGCGGAUGCUCUGGUCUCUCGCUCUGCACGGUUCGACUCCCUGCCCUGCGCCAGCCUUUCACAGCCACGACACCCCGCAGUGACUGGUCCGUUACUUCGCCUUCGUCAUGUCGUCCAGCGACGACGAACACGAGGUGUACGGCCGCGAGAAUUACAAGAGCCGUGCACACAAGCUGGCCACCCUGUUCAUCAUGACUGCUGGUAGCGCCAACGCAAGACAGUUUCCCACGAUGUUCAUCGUAAACGGAGGAGUGCCGUUCCUGCUGGCGUAUCUAGCGUUCCUCGGCGUCGUGGCGUUCCCCAUUAUGCACCUGGAGAGCAACCUAGCCCAGUUCGCUGGAGAUGGGAACUUCGGAGUCUUCAGCGCAGUUCCGCUCUUUAUUGGCGUGGGCUACACGAUGAGCCUUUACGCGAUCGUGCACAUGGUUGCCGACUCGGUGCCGGUGUCCGACCAGCUGCACUACCUGUUCGACUCGCUCCGGCAGGCUGGCGGCAACGAGUGUCGGAAUGGAUUGCUGCUGGCGUCCAACCGCACCUGCUACGUGCCGAGGCACACGCUCUCACUAUGCAGGACCACCCGUGCUCAGCUCGCAGAGGCGUUUCGACGGCAUUCCCUGAAUCAAGGAAUUCCGGUGGUGGAGUCAGGAAGCAAAGGCGCGCAUGUGGUCUUGGUACCUCCCGAGAUCUUCCGCCACGAUAUGGCCGGCUGCCUGCCCGGAGUGUAUAACUACCUGCAGCCGUACCAGCCCCGCCGCCAUGCCAACUGGCUUGAGGAGAGCUCCUCGGCCCUGAGCGAGAUCCAAGCGCAACCCCUACUGUCACUGGCCGCCGUCUGGAUGGUGGUGUUCGCACUAGCACACCAAAGAUUCAACAGGGUGAAGUGGGUUCUGUACGGGAUGGUUUGCAUCCACGUGGCCACCACCCUGCUCCUGCUGGUGCGAGGCGCCACCCUGCCCGGUGCCAUGAGCGGCCUCGGCACAAUGUUCUACAGCGACUGGAGCUACGCCGUCAAUCUCGAGAUGUGGUCCAACGCAUUGUACGUGUCCCUGGAGAGUGUCGGCGUCACCGGCUCCAUCUACCUGGGCAUCGUUCGGUUCAACAACUUCAAGAACGUCUAUCAGCGGGACGUGUACUUCGUGUUAGUUGCGGACACGGCCACGGAGGUACUUCGGACGGCGAUCGCGUUCAUGUUCCUUGGCCACCUGGCGUCGACCGUCGGCAUUGAUGUGCGCAUGCUUGUCGGCAUAGAAUCGGGCGUAGUCGUGGGCAUCCUGCCUCAAGCCAUGAGCGUGGUGCCGUACCAGGAGCUCUGGGGCCAAGUCCACGCCCUGUGGUUACUGUCGACGAUGCUCCCAAAGUUUCUCAUAGUGCCCGACAUCAUCAUCGAAGUGCUCACUCCUGCCCAGCCAUUCAUUUUGUUGAACCGGACACUGAUUUACUUCUUCUUAUGCGUAUCCAUCCUCAUGACCAGCGCAUUUGUCUGCAGUCCGGGCGGUGCCAACGUCGCAGCUAUUAUUGCUCACAAUCACGACCAGAACCUGCGCUUCGUGGUGCUUUUUCUGGAGUCCGUCGCGCUGCUGCAAUUCUAUGGUGCCCGCCGAAUUGAUAUUGCUUGCAGAAUGAUGACUGGACGUGAAUGCAGCGAAUUCGUGAAAGUCUGCUUGGCGUCCAUCAUACCGGUAGUAAUUAUUAUUCUGUUUUUAGCCAAGAUCGCAUCAAAGCUGUGGGAAGGCAGUAAUUUCCCAAUAUGGAUUUACGCCGUGAUCACGUGGUUCUGGCUCGUUCAACUGAGCUUCAUCCCUGUGUUCGUCGUUGUCUUGUUAAAUGAUCAAAACCUGACUUUCGAAAACUUACUUGUGCCGUUGCCCACGUGGGUUCCACUGAACUGGGAGCAAGCCAUGUAUUACCGGAAAACCCUCGUUGUCGAAGGGUUCGACUCGAACGCCGUGAAGAACCCCGAGGCUCGGCCACGCGUCCAGUUCUGCAUGCAGCUCCUGUAA